AUGGUCGACGUCGUCAUGGAGGUAAAUCCAAGAUGGCACGUCGACACGCAGGAGUUGCACGUCUCGACGCUCAUCCGCGUUGCUGCAGAUGGCCAGAACAAAUUGUUAAUGGUGUUGCGGUUUUUUUUUUGUAGUUGGGCAAAUUUCACGAUCACGAGAUGGGCCUCAGUGCACAGAUCUGUAAGGUUGUGGAUCGGGUCAUUGUUAGUCGGUUUUGACGGCUGGUUUGCGCUGUGCCAGGCGGACCCCAAAGUAUCGGGAUAUAUGUUGAACGGCUUCGUGAAAGGCAAGAACCCUCUCGUCCGCUCUUACGCAGUGUCGGCGUGCUUCGUUGGCAUGGUCACCGAAGGAGCAGGCGUGGACCUUCUUAGGGACGACCGUUUUCUGUUGCGAGCCAAACAGCACUGGCAGACGAUGGUGGACGACAUGGGUUUCGCGGCGGAGGUCCCCGCUCAGAUCUGGGAGUGGCUGGGCCAAAUCGCUGGCGAGCCCGCCUGCCCAGUCGCCGACGUCCGUGGCCAGGCGCUGUGGUCGUGUUUGGCCAGCCUGGCGUAUUGCCACCGAGACUCGUUCGAGCGAUUGGAUCGUUUGCCGCUGUCCUUGACGCAGGGUGAUUUACGAGCCAACCUCCAGCAUUUGUCGUCUAUGCCAUACCACGAGUUGAACGAUGAGUUCAGCAAGUGCAUGCGGAUGUCCAUUGAACUCGGCGUAGACUUGUCCGUUCUCGAGAGGUUGUUGCGCCUAUGCCGAGAGGCCCCAUGCUGCACCAACCUCGUGGAGCAAGGGCACGGCAGCGGCGCGGCAACGCUGAAGUCCCAUGCUUUGUUCGGCACUCGAUCUUUGCAGGUCCGCGCCGCCAUCCAUCAAUGCAGGGUUUUUUUUUCAAGCCUCCCCAUUGAGUCAAAACUAGAGUAG